AUGAGCGAAGGAUCUCUCUGUUCAUGGAUCGCCUGCGCCCAGUUAGCACCGGUUGGUUCGCAGGCCUUCUACACGGUCUCGAUAGAAAAUAGGAGUGCAGGUACCUCUCUGCUUGCCAUCGGGGGCCUCUGCGAAGAAGAAGACCUAAACGAUGAUGGAGGUCACGUAGGAGAGAAGUCCCAUUCACGAAGCGAUGCCCUCAAGACGAUCAAAGGAUCUCUCGAUUCAUGGGUCGCCGGUGCACAGUUAGCAUCAGUUGGUUCGCAGGCCUUCUCCACGAUCUUGAAUUAUCGUUCCUCUGACGCUGAAGUUUUAUUGUGCAAGUGCCUCUCUGCUUGCCAUCAGAAGCUUCUGCCUCAGCUAAGGUUGCUUUGUUUUUAUGGUCAGUUGAAUAGUGGAACUGGUUGCUUGCUGUCAGAGGGAACUAGAGAUUGUGCGUUGGUCGAGGAAAGUGUACCGAAGCCACGCCUACAGGCUACAACUGACCAGUGGUGGGGAAGGGGGAAACCCUGGGAUCAUUAUGAAUUGGGAUUUAAUGGAAAAGGUUUUCCCAAUAACAUCUGCAGGAACUCUGAACUUGAGCACAAGGAGUACGAGACGAGUAGGGGAUAUGUCGGCUCCAAUUUGUUGUUCAAGGCUCGGGCCUUAGCAGUGAUGGGGGACGGGCAACACUUGUCUGGUGGUAGCGCGGUGACGGCGGUAUUAAGAUGGCAACGCGAGGCUGGAAACAGAGUUGUGAGUGAACCCGACGGCGGUGCUGUGCUUCGAUAG